AUGUAUCAGGUACCGGUACUCGCCGAUCUAUCAAAAACGGAAGCUUUUGAUUCACUGGAAGGAGAGGCUAUGUCCGCUGAUGAAAACGCGCCAUUUCUAAUACUUUACGAGAACACUUUCCUAAUUAUUCCCUCGACAAAAUAUGUAAUAUGGACGAAACAGGCUUAUUUACAGGAAAAUAGUGAAAAAAAAGAUUUAGAAGAAAAAAUAAAAAAAGACCUUCACUCUCUAUUACCAGAAGAAGGUCGAACGUUGGCAUCCAGACGUAUCGCUGGUCGUAAAUUAAAUAAAGAACGCCGACCAUCGCAUUAUGUGCAAAUGUCGAUGUCAGCUCAAAACAUCAAGGCCGACGAGUAUUAUUACUCCCCGAUGGAUUCUAUUCACCGUUCCCUAAGUGUCAAGUCCCAAGAGCGUGCACCUAUGGAGGUGCGACUGUAG